AAAAUGUCAACAGUUCACAUUCACAUUGGUCAGUGUGGAAACCAAAUGAGCAUUCCUUUAUGGAAAAACUACUCUAAUAGCUGUGACAAAGGAGCUGAGCAUUUGUUCAAAUCAAUGGAUGGAUGGCAAAGAAGUAUUCACAUUGACAGCGAGUCUAAAGUUAUCUACUCUCUUCCCAAAACAUUUAAAGUGCGUGAGAAAAAUAUUAUUGUUGGGAAAAGAGGUAGAGGGACUAACUUUGCUUUGGGAUACACUGGUAUGACAUCUCAAGGGGAUGAUCAUCUCAUGGAGGAGAGUAUGGAAGCAGUGAGAAAAGAAACUGAAAGAUGUGACAUGUACAGUGGAUGUGUUGUAUACCACAGUUUAAGUGGUGGGACUGGCUCGGGUCUAGGAUCACAUCUGAUAGAGCUAAUGAGAGACAGCUAUCCAUGUAGCAACAUCUUGUCCUGUGCUGUAGCACCUUGUGCCAGUGGUGAAAGCCCUCUUCAAAACUAUAACGCUCUCUUAGGCCUGCAUUGGCUGCAGAGUUACUCUGAUUCAAUAAUCUUGCUUCCGAAUGAUUAUUAUAUCAAUCAUCUUAAUCAUCUGCUUCAAGCUGGUGAAUCAAGUAAUUUAGAAAUGCAUGGCCAGUUGUCGUUUCAAGAUGUGAACAAGACUAUAGCAAACAAUCUAAGUGGUGUUUUUUUACCUACAAAUUCAUUAUCAACUGCGAAGGGAUUGAGUUUAGGACAAGAGCCAUGGGAGCUUAUUCGAACUUUGACCCCUAUGCCAUCUACAAAGUUCAUCACUCUCACACAACACACAUCAAAGAAACUUUCAUGGGAAGGAUUGACGUCCAAAAUUUUACAGUACAAUCCAAAGUUUGACAGCAAUGGAGAACCCACACGAGCUCUCUCUGCCACAGUGGUAGCUCGUGGAGAUGCUGAUAACACUUUCCUCUCCACUAUGAAAACAACACAGGAAAGAAAAAUAAAGAGGGGGCUUAAUUUUGUUGACUGGAAUCCUUACCCUAUUGACUACUGGAGAGCUAAAGCCAACACAAUAGGUUCAAAAGAAAGUCGUAGUUUAACUCUGGCCAUUAACUCUACUGGAUUCUUAGACCAUGUGCAGACCAUUUUAUCAAGAGCAUUGAUUAAACUUGAGUCUCGGGCCUAUGUGCACUGGUAUUAUCGUCAUGGAAUAUCUGAGGAAAUAUUUCAAGAAAGUGUGGAAACAUUGGGCAGGAUUUUAAAUGAAUACCACAUGAUGACAAAAACAUAAUUUUAGCAACUGAAUGGAGCAAUAAAAAAUUAUUUGGAAAUGGUUUUGUGCAUUGUCUGAGGGACAAGGGAGUUUAACAAAUGAAAAUGCCACUUCCAAGUACCAGUUAGACAAUGUAACAAGGGAAGUCAUCACUACAGAGCCCACAUCAUUGGCUCAUGCAUCUACCAUUGUAG